AAUCAGGCAUCUGCAAAGUUUCGAAUUGCAGAUUUUCUUUUCUAAUAUUCAUCUCUGUAAACGUACUUUGUGGCACUCUGAAGGCACUUAUAAAAUUCCUAAAUCAGGGAGUGUAGCAUAGUAACAACAACAAUACUUAAUUCCUAUUGGCUAUUGCCUUGCAGCAACGUUCUACAAUAGAAGAGAUGGAGAAAACACAGAUGAGGAGAGGUAGACACACAAAAACUGUCUGCUAUGGCAGAGAAACAAUCUGCUCAGUCUGUUAUUCUUCGCCUAAACUUUACAUCUCCUCUGACAGACGUGACUCAGCACCCUCCAGAAUUCAGUUAAGUGAGGAUUUUGGCCGUAGAGCCUCACAGUAAGUCUGGCUGUAAACGGGAGAGCCGGAUCAUGUAGCGACUUGGUGCUGGGACCGGGGGCUGGACGGGGAGGAGACUACAGAUGUGGGGAGGUACAAUGUGGCGCUGUGAGGUCCUGCUGCACUCUGAGGACGCAUGAGAGCUGAGGACAGUCGCAGCAAACUGAAUCCAAGUUAGUGUUCCAGUCAGUCUACCUCUUGUAGUGACCAUGAGAGUCCUCCUGCUCAUCUGCAUGCCAGUUCUGCUGCUCGCCCAGGGCCAGUACCAGGAACAGUUUCCAUAUUUGGAGGACUAUGGGCCGGAUUAUUUUCCAGAAACUCCAGAGUCUGAAAAUCAUGACUCUCUCCCUGGAACCUACCAGCAGCAGGUUCGACUCAGACCAGGGGUGCGUCCAGAUAAAACAGGGACAGAUUUGGAGACAGAACCCACUGAGCCGGGCCCUCUAGAUUGCAGAGAGGAGCAGUAUCCCUGCACCAGACUCUACUCUGUUCACAAGCCAUGCAAACAGUGUCUGAACAGCCUCUGCUUCUACAGUUUGCGGCGGGUUUACGUCAUCAACAAGGAGAUUUGCGUGAGGACCGUGUGCGCACAUGAAGAACUGCUCCGAGCGGAUUUGUGUCGUGACCAGUUCUCUCGCUGUGGCGUGGCAGCUCUGAGUGGCCAGUGUGCAUCAAUAGGGGGAAGCUGCAGCAAGAGCUGUGGUGGCUGCUGAUUGACUUCAGAGAUCAGGGACACGAUCUGCCCAGAUACUGCCGCUUCCCACCCUUUUAGCCACGUCCCGUUAUUUUUCCCACCUCAUUCUUCCUCCUCACGUUGCCUUCUUACGCUCCCUGGGCUAGUUUUGUGCCAAAAGCACUCCUGCUUUUAUAUUCUUGUCCUUUUUAUCACUGUCUUCUCUCAUGUAUGUCAGCCCAGUAGAUCCUGUGUGUAUGGCUAAUAUAAUCCAAAGAACAUUGAUGAUUGUAUAAAUCACUGGUGCUAAAAAAUCAUCACACUGGUGCUAAUACAAAUGCACAUGAACAUCUUUUUUGGCAUAUUGCAUCAUAUUAUUCAUGCUUUGUGUUGAUAUGUUACUGUAGCUGUGUUGAAAAGCAGACCUUUCAUUAGGAUGGACUUGUUGAUGAUGCACUGACAUCAGACAAACCUUAUCAAUACCAGCAGCCUAUAAGAUCAAGAGAUGUGUCAAGAAACAGGUGGUGAGUGACCUCAGUAUAUGUACUACUGCUACCUGAAUCUGUGCUCUGCAAUUAACCAGCAGUUUUAUAGAAAUAUACUCCAUUGCUUUGAAAAGGCAUCCCACACACAACCUCUGUACUACUGCUUUGUAAAACUGUCACUAUAAAGACUGAGAAAAAAAUAAACUUUUGUUUUUUACUACA